AUGGACGACGGGUUCAAGCGGCCUGAUGACGUUGUUGCGAAAGAGAAGGAAGUUGAAGAUGUUGAGAGGGCAAUAGCUGGGCAGAGUGAAAACUCUGAGAAGGAUGAAGUGACAAGGGUGUCGACAUCGGCUUCGGAGCCUGAGCUACCGUUUUCAAAGGCGAGGACUGUGGCUCUGGUAGCUACUGUUGCUGCUGCGCCGUUUCUCAGCACGAUGGCUGUCCAAGCCUCCGUUAUCAUCUUGCCCACCAUUGGUGAAGCUCUUGACAUACCGACGAGCAGACAGCAGUGGAUCGUUUCAGCAUACAACCUCACAUUUGGUUGCUUCUUGUUGCUGUGGGGAAGACUGGCAGAUGUGUAUGGACGGCGCCUCAUCUUUCUCUGGGGCUCAGUUUUCUUCACCAUAACAUCCAUCAUACCUCCCUUUAUAACGAACGAAAUCGGCUUCGACAUUAUGAGAGGCGUGCAGGGAUUGGCUGCUGCUGCCAUGGCUCCUACGGCCCUCGGUAUUUUGGGUGUGACUUUCCCGCCAGGUCGCAUGAAGGACAUUGCCUUUGGUUGCUUUGGCGCCGGAGCUCCUUUAGGUGGCAUCUUUGGCAAUAUCUUUGGAGGUGUCGUCGCUGAAUACCUCAACUGGAAGUGGGUUUUCUGGAUAUUUGGCAUGGUAUCCGCCAUAUCCACCGUCGCAAGCUUCUUCGUCAUCCCGCUGCCGCCUACCCAGCCAGAGCCGGUGAUGCGCAACACUGUGGACUGGAUCGGCGGUACUCUCAUCACGGUCGGACUGAUCAUUCUCCUCUUCGCGCUCUCCGAAGGCAACGUCGUAGGCUGGAGCACGCCCUGGGUGCCUGUUCUGAUCAUCGUCUCCCUGCUCAUUGUCAUCGGCUUCGGCUUCUGGCAACACCACCUCGAGACGAAGACGCACAAACGACCGCUCAUGAAAAUGUCCAUCUUCAAGAACCGCAAGUUCACAUGGGCAAACGUGCUCAUGGGCCUCUUCUUCUCCUCCUUUAACAACUACCUCAUCUUCGCAACAUAUUGGUUUCAGGACUUCCAGGGCCUGUCCGUUAUCCAGACCACGCUGCGCUUCAUCCCCAACGGGGUGACCGGUAUCAUAGUCGCGACAGCAACAGGCUUCAUCCUAUCCCACGUGCGCGGCGACUACAUACUCAUUUUCAGCACCUUUGCAGUCAGCAUGUCGUCGCUCUUCUUCGCCAUCCCCAUCCCAGAGAACACGACCUACUGGGCCUACGGCUUCCCCGCCAUGGUCUUCUGCGUGUGCGGCGCCGACACCAUUUUCCCCGUCCUGACUCUCUUCGUCGCCAAGACGCUGCCGCCCGAGGAUGCCAGUCUGGGCGGCGCACUCAUCACCGCCGUCGGGCAGAUUGGCCGCGCCAUUGGACUCGCGCUCGCCACAGCGGUGCAGACGGCCAUCGUCGCCAAGGAACUGAGCGUCAGCGUUGAACAAGUCGGCGAGGAGGGCCAUGGCCUCGCGCCAUGGGAUCCAGCGCUCAAGAUGGGCAUCCGAGGGACAGCGUGGUUCAAUUUCGGGAUGAGCAUCCUCUCGCUAGUCAUCGUGCUAGUAUUCAUCCGCGGCAUUGGAAUUGUGGGCGGGAAAAAGUAA